AUUUAGUUCACCUUUUUCGCACAAUAAUUUAUGUCUUGAUCCUCUCAACUUGGAAAGCAUCAAAAGAAUUAACAAGAAGAUUCAGAUUUAUUAUUCCUCCUCAAAUGGAAGCGGAUGUAUCUAUUGAUUUUGUGAUGGAUUCCGCGAAGCCCUAAAUUUUUUCUUUUUGAUGUAUGUAUAUCUUGCUGAGAAAUUUGGGUUUUUGAUUGUUUGGGAAAACUCAGAAUCUGAUUUCGUGUGGGAAGCUAUGAAUCCGGCUGUGCUUUUCUCUUUGCUGUCUCUACUGGCAGGCUUUUGUACGACGGCAGCGACCGUGGUGCUAAUUGGGGACAACGUCACUCUCUCUUUCGACGAUAUUGAAGCUAAUUUCGCUCCACCGGUUAAAGGUUCAGGGGUUUGUGGGGUAUUAUACACGGCUGAGCCUCUUGAUGCAUGCUCAACACUGACUAAUGAAGUUGAACAAGCUUCAAAUACUAGUUCCCCGUUUGUUCUGAUUACUAGAGGAGGGUGUAGCUUUGAGGAUAAAGUAAGAAGAGCUCAAAAGGCAGAAUUCAAAGCUGCAAUUGUCUAUGACAAUGAAGAUGGUGGCAUCUUGGUUGCAAUGGCAGGAAAUUCAGCUGGCAUCAAAAUACAUGCUGUGUUUGUUUCUAAAGCUUCAGGUGAAAUACUAACAAAAUAUACCGGCUUGACUGACAAGGAGCUAUGGAUUAUCCCAAGUUUUGAAAACUCAGCAUGGUCAAUCAUGGCAAUCUCGUUUAUUUCCCUACUUGCCAUGUCUGCAGUGCUGGCUACUUGUUUCUUUGUUCGCAGGCAUCGCAUAAGACGUGAAAGACCACGAGCUUCUCGUGUGCGGGAAUUCCAUGGGAUGAGUAGUCGAUUCGUGAAAGCAAUGCCAAGCUUGAUUUUCACUUCUGUUUUAGAGGAUAAUUGUACUUCAAUUACAUGUGCUAUAUGCCUUGAAGACUAUAGCUUUGGAGAUAAGCUCAGGAUUCUGCCAUGUCGUCACAAGUUUCAUGCUUUCUGUGUGGAUUCUUGGCUUACCACCUGGAGAACCUUCUGUCCAGUUUGCAAGCGCGAUGCAAGAACUAACUCCGGUGAUCCACCAGCAUCCGAAGCAACACCAUUGCUUUCAUCCAGCCCAGCCUCUGUGGCUUCUUCUGUUUUGUCGUCUGUUAGAUCAUCAUUAGCAUCAUCAUCAGCCAUACAAAUAGCACCAGCAUCGUCUCAUUCCCCGUCAGUUUCUCAAGUUCACUCUGUUGCUAGCACUCCUUAUGCUCAGCAUUCUCUUAGAUCCUAUCGCCAAACCCCUCCCCUGAGUGUAAGCCGAAGCUCGGUAGAUAUCAGGAAUGCAUCAUCCCAAAGAUCUCAUGCUUCCUAUUUAGUUUCACCCCACUCAAUGGGUUACCCAUCUUUAUCACCACUAAACUCAAGAUACAUGCUUCCGCAUAUUCCAAGCCCAAGGUAUGCAUCGCCAAGCUUUGUCAGUUCAUCUGGUCGUCUACAGCACCCACUGCAUUGUAGCGAGUCAGCUGCAAGUUUUUCUCCCUUUGCUUCUGCUCAUUCUCUUCCAGAAUGCUGAAUCGAAAUUUAUCACGACUGAAAAUCUGGGUUGACACGACCAAGAGCUCAUCAGUGGGAGCUGAACCGAAAGUCCUGGAUCAUUUCUACCUCUGGCUUGCACCACAAAAUUGCUGAAUCAUAGUUGGGUUCUAUUUGACACCGGCGGUUACCAGUUUUUUAUGUUUGGAGUGUUUCUUGUUGCAUGCUCACAUGUACAUUAAUAGUACAAGCUUGUGUUGUCUCUUUCAAAUUUCAAGUGAUAAUUGUGAUUUGAGGUUUGUCGAAUUGUCUUACACGUUCACGAGUGCAUUGUGGUGUACUGGAUUUUUAUUAACAUUGAUGUUUUGAUAGUCUUCAUUGGUGAAUAUGGUAAACCACACUAACCAGA